GCUCAGCAUUCAGCCAUUGAAAGAGAACAUGGCGGUGUUCCACAGGAUGUGCAGGAGCUGUUAAUUUUUUGCAUUAACUUUAAAAUUCAUAAUCCUUGGCCAUUAAUUCUAGUUUAUAGUUAAUAUUUUAUCGCAGUUUGUAGUCAAAGUGUUUUCUUAUUUUUUGACAAAUAUUUCUCGCAUAAAGACAAAGUUGCAAUGAAAACCAUUACUUCAUUGAUGGUGUAAAAAUAAUUCGUGAUAAAUAUAGCCCCAUAAUUUCAGAAGGCUCAAGUGACAUGGCUACACUUAUUCAAGAGAACGGUUUAAAAGGAACCCACGGGGUAGUAUCAAAUCAUGGCAUAUCAGCACACAGUGUUCCUAGUCAUAUGGUGCCCGACCACGAAUAUUGUGAACCGAGCAAACCACAGGAAAUACAACAGCAAUGUAUUAAGACUGAAGAUGUGACAGCAUCGCAACCAAACGGAGAGGAGGAGGAGGAAACCCCCGAAAUAGAUAUAAUGAUAAACAAUGUAGUGUGCAGUUUUAGUGUUAAGUGUCACUUGAAUUUGAGACAAAUAGCGUUAAAUGGUGUCAAUGUCGAGUUUCGGCGCGAGAAUGGGAUGGUGACUAUGAAAUUGCGUCGGCCGUAUACCACCGCGACGAUAUGGUCGUCGGGGCGCGUGACGUGCACCGGCGCCACCAGCGAGGAGCAGGCGAAAGUGGCGGCGCGCCGAUAUGCGCGUGCGCUGCAGAAGCUCGGCUUUCAAGUGCGCUUCAGAAAUUUUCGCGUAGUCAAUGUUCUGGGAACGUGUAGAAUGCCUUUUGGUAUUCGAAUAAUAGCCUUCUCAAGAAAAUACAAGGAAGCAGACUACGAACCGGAGCUGCAUCCUGGUGUUACAUACAAACUGUACAAUCCUAAAGCCACCAUAAAAAUAUUCUCCACUGGAGGAGUUACCAUUACCGCUCGGAGCGUGAACGACGUGCAGUCGGCGGUGGAGCGCAUCUUCCCGAUGGUGUACGAGUUCCGCAAGCCGCGCACGCCGGCGGACGAGGAGGUGUUGCGGGCCCGGAACGCGCGCCGCCGCCCGCCGGCCUCCGUCGCCGCGCCCGCCGCGCCCCUCCCCGCCCCCUCCGACCUGACGCUCGUCACCAUGUCCGACGACGAGGGCGACGCGGACGCCUGGGAAUGACGCGCGCCCCCGCCCGCUAUGAAACGACGGACUCCGUUUGGCAUCAAGCAGUAACCGGCGGUUGUGAGUGCAAUCGCGUGUGUAUUGUCGGCGAGCUUCUCGGUUCAUGCCAAAGAUAUUUAUUGAGGAGGUGCUUAGGCUUGUCGCCGGCUAACCCCGCGACGCUCGAGCUUUCUUUAUCGACUCUCGGCGGGUGCGCCCCGCGUCCUAUUUCUUUUAGUAUGCGUAGAUGAUGUUUCGUUUAUGUACCGAAUUGUCGUAUUAAAAGUGUGUAUGAAUAUUUCUUUUUGUGAGAGUAAAUCUCGAUAUCGAUACUCAGUUUUUUUUUCAUUUUGCUUUUCUGAUCGAUGAUACUGGUAGUGAUAAUAGUGUUCACAAUAUUGUUCUAAAGUGAUGACUGAAUGAUUUGUUAGACAUUAGUGAUUGUAAAUAUGAAGCUUAGACAUUACACGUUUAAUUAACAA